AUGUCAAACGAUAACGAUUUAAACAUUGACAACCUGAUCACCCGGCUCCUCGAAGGUAUUUCCAAUUCUUUUUCGCAUUCCAAAGCAAACGAGAGACUUUUACAGUUCGCGGAUGCCGUCCCGGAAAGCCAGUCACCAUGUCGGAGGCCGAGAUCCGCGCUCUCUGCCACAAGUCUCGCGAAAUCUUCCUGUCGCAGCCGAUCCUGUUGGAGCUCGAGGCGCCGCUCAAGAUAUGCGGUUAGUUCUUUGGUUCGAGCCUUUUUUUGCGCUUGAACAGCUGACGAAACGCAGCUGCUCUACAGACUUUAAAGGGAUUACAUUUCAAAGUUGUCGGAAGGGGUAGUUGAAUCUGAUCGAAAAGCAUUUUUCUUGUGCUGACUCACCAAUAAAAUGUUUUAAGAAGUGCGAUCAUUUUCUGCGAAAGUCACUAGGGAAAAAAAAGUCAAAUAAUUCUCCCAACUUUCAGGAGAUAUUCACGGACAGUACAACGAUCUUCUCCGUCUGUUUGAGUACGGAGGAUUCCCGCCAGAGGCCAACUACCUGUUCCUCGGUGACUACGUCGAUCGUGGAAAGCAGAGUCUCGAGACCAUUUGCCUGCUUUUGGCGUACAAAGUGAAAUAUCCGGAGAACUUCUUCUUGCUCCGUGGAAACCACGAAUGCGCUUCCAUCAACCGUAUCUACGGAUUCUACGAUGAAUGUGAGUAUUUUUGGAGAAUUUUGAGAAUUUCAAAAUUUUCAAUUUCAGGCAAGAGACGUUUUUCGAUCAAGCUGUGGAAGACGUUUACCGAUUGCUUCAAUUGUCUUCCGAUCGCGGCUCUCAUCGAUGAGAAGAUCUUCUGUUGCCACGGAGGUCUCUCUCCGGAUCUUCAAAAUAUGGAGCAGAUUCGUCGUGUGAUGCGACCGACCGAUGUGCCGGAUACUGGUCUUCUGUGCGACCUGCUCUGGUCGGAUCCGGAUAAGGACGUGACUGGAUGGGGAGAGAAUGACCGUGGAGUCUCCUUCACCUUUGGACCGGACGUCGUCGCCAAAUUCCUGAAUCGACACGACCUGGAUCUUAUAUGCCGUGCUCACCAGGUCGUUGAGGAUGGCUACGAAUUCUUCGCAAAACGACAGCUCGUCACGCUGUUCUCGGCGCCAAACUACUGUGGAGAGUUCGACAAUGCGGGAGGAAUGAUGUCUGUUGAUGAGACGCUAAUGUGCAGCUUCCAGGUAAGCAAUGGACCCCUUUUUCUGAAUAAUGUGGCCGGAAGGAGAGUUUGAUCUUGCACAAAUAGAAAGCAAUCGGAAAAAUGGAUGAGAAAUUGAGUUGUGGCAACUAAAUUAGGGGUCAUGCACCCUGCGUGAAGAGAGCGUCCCUAUUGGGACUCCUCGUGCGUGAGUGAUUCUUUGAAGCCCCCUGUGGGUCCUCCACUCUAGCACAAAAUUGUUGACAAUGCGAAUUGCGUAGUGUUCCUUCUCGAGAAGAACAACAAACUCGAGUGGAUUUGCCCCUCGUUUACCUGUUGCGUCAAAAAAGUUUCGCAAGGCACUGAACCUUCAGAAAUCACGGAUGAUUCUAAUGAACGGAUCAAUGAUGAAUCCGAUCAUGCGGAGCAGGUUUCUUUAUCAAACACAGGGUACAAUUAGUGGGGCGCGAGCAAACAGAUUGGGGUGGCUGGCAGUGGUAAACUGGCAACCACUCGGCGGUGCGAAACUAAUAAGCAUCGGAGGGCGACGGUCGAGGGUUAUCUAAGGAAGAGUUGAGUGCUCGUGACGUACGACAACAGCCUCUUUUCUCAAUGAUCUCUCGAAUCAUUUCGAUCAUUUGCAGAUUCUGAAACCAUCGGAGAAGAAGGCCAAGUAUCAAUACCAGGGAAUGAACAGUGGACGGCCGGCAGUGGGCGGAGGACGACCUGGAACGACUGGUGGAAAGAAGUAA